AUGGCCGUUAACAGUUUGAUAAUUUGUGCGCUUGUUGUUUCAGUAGCAUUAUCUACAAGUUUACGCUCUGAUAACUUAUUCAAAGCUUAUUUUCUGCAAACAGAGUUUAAUGAACCUUUGGAGUUUUCAGACACUUUACAAAAGAAAAAUGAUAUAAUUGAGCAAGGUGGCACUGCUACAUAUGAUGCACGUGAUGCAGAUGAAGCUAUUAAGUUCUAUAGAGAAUUACAAAAGACAUUAAAGCCUGGAGAAACUUAUCAGAAAGAUGCUGACACUAUUUUAACAAUUGAAGAUGUUGAUGAAAGACUUGAGAACUUAGAACAUAUGGCAGAAUUGGUCAAAGCAGGAAUUAAAAUUGAUGCUAGCAGAUUUAAACAACAAUAA